AACUGCAUUUCCAGUAAACGGUCACUUUACAAAUAAAAUGGCCGAUGUGGACGUCUUCAUAAGUAACUAUACCCUUGUGGAUCCAGAGAUUUACCAGCUAUGGAUCGAGGGGUUUUCUUCCAGCGAGGCAGUGUCCUAUUUGAAGCAAAAAGGAUUUGGCCACUCCAUGGGCGCUCCCAGCGAUCUGAUUGCCUCCGAUGUACUGGACCACUACCGCACCUAUUCCCUGAUUGAGCUUUAUCUCAACGCACCCACAAAACUUAUGGAGCAAUCCUGUUUCCAGUUGGAGCCGCACAUGCGUGACCUAAUUACCGAGAAGUAUUACUCCAUCGAUGAUGUGGUGGCCCGUGAGAUUCUCGGCAAGAAGCUGACCUCGCGCUACCGCAAGGAUCUGGACGAGGUGUCCGAGAAAACGUGCGUCAAGCUAAAGUCGGUUCGACGGCAGUUUGAUAACGUGAAGCGAAUAUUUAAGGCAGUGGAGGAAAUGCCGGGCACGCUGACCAACAACAUAAAACAGCAUUUUUUCAUAUCAACCGAUCUUGCCAAAAAGUAUGCCUGCAUUGUUUUCCUGGCCUGCCUGCGUUUUGAAACCACCAAAAAGAAGCUGCAAUACUUGAGUUUCAGUGAUUUGUUAACCUGCUCCCAUGCCAUCAUGAUCUACUGGACCUACACUUAUCAGCACACUGGCCCGGAAUACUAUGAUACCGAAAUGGACAAAGAGUUUCUUUUGGACUUGCGGGAAUUGCGUUGUCUUCUGGAUAAGGAAAAGGAAAUUAAGCAUCUCGUCUGCAUGCGCCUCAAACCUGUUCUUUUAGAGCGUGCUUUUCACGAGCUGGAUGGCAACUUUCGUUCGUACUGGCGCGCCUUAAUCACAAUUGCCUGCAAUUUGCACCGCAAUCGGGAGUUGCGCGACCUGUUUGUUGAUCUCUGUGAGAAACUGAUUGAUCCUUGGCGUCAAAAUGGUUGGAAUCGCGAGCAAGUAAACAAGUUCCUGGCCUCCAUAACGCAGAGCGUCUUGGAUCUAGAAAUAUCUAGGGAUCAGGAGACUCGAUGUCUUUGGGAUCGCUACAUGCAGGUCAUUACGCUUUGCCUGGAUAAAAUGUAUCACAUUUAAGCUGUGGUUGAGUUAACGAGAAACUUGCAAUUGUUUUGUGUACUUAGUAAUUAUGUUUUGUUUGUUUGAAUUUGUCUUAACUUAUACGUAUGUAUUUAUGACAUCAUAUUUUAUAAAUACACGAAAAUAUUUAAAAAGUA